AAGAGCAACUCUUGUGCAAGACCAGGACCUUGGAGGUGAAGCGGAAUGGCGACUACAGGGAAGGUGAUCCGGUGCCGAGCCGCGGUAGCAUGGGAGGCCGGGAAGCCCCUCACCUUGGAGGAGGUGGAGGUGGCGCCUCCCAAAGCUGGGGAGGUCCGUGUGAAGAUUGCCGCCACAGGAAUCUGUCACACUGACUCCUACACCCUGAGUGGCUCUGACCCAGAGGGGGUGUUCCCUGUAAUUCUGGGCCACGAGGGGGCUGGCGUCGUGGAAAGUGUUGGAGAAGGAGUCACCAAGUUCCAGCCAGGGGACACGGUCAUCCCCUUGUAUGUACCGCAGUGCGGCGAGUGCAAGUUCUGUCGGAACCCAAAAACCAAUCUCUGUCAGAAGAUAAGGUUGACUCAAGGAAAAGGCCUGAUGCCCGAUGGUACUUCCCGCUUCACUUGCAAGGGCAAGACCCUGUUCCACUUCAUGGGAUGCAGCACCUUCUCAGAGUACACAGUUGUCGCAGAUAUUUCCUUGGCCAAAGUAAACCACCAGGCACCUUUGGACAAAGUGUGCCUGCUGGGCUGUGGGAUCACCACCGGCUACGGCGCUGCACUGAACACGGCCAAAGUGGAGGACUCUUCCACCUGUGCCGUCUUUGGCUUAGGGGCACUGGGCCUCGCCGCCAUCAUGGGCUGUCAAGCUGCCGGCGCUGGGAAGAUCAUUGGCAUUGACAUCAACCCAGAGAAGUUUGAAACAGCUCGCCGCUUCGGUGCCACCGAUCUUUUGAACCCAAAUGACUACACCAAGCCGAUCCAAGAGGUUCUGGUUGAGAUGACAGAUGGGGGCGUUGACUAUUCUUUCGAAUGCGUUGGGAACGUUGGUAUCAUGAGGGCAGCGUUGGAGGCCUGUCAUAAAGGAUGGGGCACAAGCGUCAUCAUCGGUGUGGCAGCAGCUGGACAAGAGAUAUCUACACGUCCAUUUCAGCUGGUCACAGGACGAACCUGGAAGGGCACUGCUUUUGGAGGCUACAAGAGUGUCGAGAGUGUCCCCAGGUUGGUGGACGAUUACCUCAAGAAGAAGCUGAUGGUGGAUGAGUUUGUGACUCACACGCUGCCUUUCCACAAGAUCACAGAGGGUUUUGGCCUCAUGCACGCAGGGAAAUGCAUUCGCGUCGUCCUCCAGUUCUAGAAGAUUCCUCUUCAUGUUUACUCAAAGUUUAAUAAAGGACUUUGACUCGGCGGCACAAGUUGGUUUUUAU